GACAGAAAUUGAUUUGUAGGUAAUGGCGCUGUAUGAAGUCUUUUAGUUGUUCAUUAGUAGUUGGCGCGAGGUCGUAAAGGGCACUUGGUAUCUGUAUUUGAAUGUAAAAAAUAGAAAGUUUUAUAAUUGAUAUUUCAUUUUACUGGAAUAAGAGUCAAAAGUUACACAGACAAAAUGUUUUGGGGUUUAAUACUGGAACCAAAUAAACGAUAUACACAGACCGUUGAAAAAUCAUUCCAUGUAUCAAUGGCUAGUUUAAAUCUUCAAAAAGCCGAUGACGGUGUGGUACAAGUGAUGUUAUACUAUGAAGGUACUAGUUAUUUGUUAUGCAAUUUGAGAAAGAGCUCAACGUGGCAAGUACCACUUGAUUUAAAUUUUCAUGAGGGAAGUACAAUAGCAUUUAUAUGUCAUGGCCAUGGUCAUGUACAUUUAACUGGUUAUUUAAUACCUGAUGAAGAUUUGGACUUGGAUGAUCUAGAGGACGUAGAAGGCGAAGAAGAAGAAGAAGAAGAACAGGUACCACAGUUGGUUGACAAACAAUCAAAAAGAAAAGCUAUAGAUACCUUAAAGAAUGAAAAAAAUACUAAGCGUCUUAAACAAGAAAUUGAAGCAGAAUCUUCUGAUGAGGAUAUAGAACUAGAUGGCAUGAAUGAAGAAAAUGAUUCUGAUGAUUCUGAAGAAGGAGAUGAAGAAUCACUAUUAAAUGAAGAUGAAGAUGAAGAUGAGGAUGAGGAGGGUGAAGAAGAAGAUAAAGAGGAAGAGGAAGAGAAAGUAAAGCCUCAACAGAAAGAUAAAAGAAAUAAACAACAACAACAAAAAAAGAAAAUACUAAAUGGAAAAGAGGCAAAGCAAAAAAAAGAUAAAAGGGAACAGCAACAAAAUGAAAUAAAUACCCAAAGUGACCAGAAAACAAGGGUAGUAGAAGGUGGAGUGCAAAUAAAAGAAUUGAAAGUCGGUAAUGGUGUUCUUGCCAAAAGUGGAAAAUUGGUUUCUGUAUAUUAUGUGGGUCGUUUAAAAAAUGGAAAGAAAUUUGAUGCAACAACACAAGGAGACGGUUUUAAAUUCAGGCUUGGGAAAGGUGAAGUAAUUAAAGGAUGGGAUGUUGGUAUUCAGGGAAUGAAAGUAGGAGGAAAACGACAGAUCACAAUACCUCCAGCUAUGGCGUAUGGAGCAAAAGGCUCGCCACCUGUUAUUCCUGGUAAUAGUACACUGAUGUUUGAAGUGGAACUUCGGAAUGUACAUUAAACUUUUAUGAAUAUUUAAGUAUUGUUAAGUGAUGUAUAAUGUAUUUUAAACUAAUAAAUGUAAUACCCUUUUUCAUUA